AUGGCCGCCAUUUUCGACCGCCUUGCGCCCGGCCUCACCCCCGACGCCGCACGAACAGGCCCGCAAAAACAUCAGGAAGCCUACACCUCCGAGUCCUCGCCGAAUGUCAUCGAGUCCGACUCGCCCUCCCAGUACUCCUCCUUCUCCAGUUCCGACAGCGAUGACCCGCUCGCCGAGUCGGAGGUCGUCGACGAGGACGACGCCAGCGGCGUCGUCGGCGUCAGUAUCGGCCGCGCCCAAAGCCGCAUGAGAGCGCGCGCCACUCCCGCGGAGGAGAAGUCGCGAAUCCUGAGUGAGCAGGGGGGCUAUUUCUCGACGAUCCCGGAUCACCCUGGUGAGGAUGGACUCUUUACGUCGGAAAUCACAGCCGAGCCCGAGUCCGUUGAUCCCAAGUCCGUGCAAGCCCAGGAACAGCAGGAGCAGUUGCAGCUGCAGGAAUGGAAGAAUCAGCGGGCGACGCAUCCGCUCGCGCCUUUUGUGCCGGUGGAGCAUCGUGUGGCGCGAGCCCCCCACAAGGAGCUUUCUGCGUCAUCGGCCGUGUUGCCAGGGUUCAAGGAACCCAGUGCCACUGCUUCGAAUCAGAGGUCCAGCUUCACCCGGUCCCUGUUGAAGACCUCGCUACCCCGUCGGCCGCGAGCGUGGUCGGGCGAGUUGAAGAAGUUCUUUCCGGAUCUGGGGUCGUUGACGAAGCGUCCGUCGCUGUCGUUCCGGUCUAAUAAUAUUUAUAAUAACAACGACGCUACCAACGCACAGAGCCGAGCACGUAGUCAGACGGUGGGAGGAAACACGAAGCAGAGAAAUGGAUUCGCAUUGACAAACUCGUCUUUGGGCCGUCACUCGCCGUCUCCGCCACGGCCGAAUGGAAGUGCCUAUGAAGAGGACUUGGGAGAUGAUGCCCGGCCCAUUUCAGAGCUGCAGUCGAUUGAUGGAAGUUCGGCUGUAAAGCAUUCUUUUUCGCGCAGACCGAGUGCGGCAAUGCCAAAGCAUCCUCCGAGUCUGCGGAGAUCCUCUUCGGAUCAAUCGCUAUAUCUGCGCGCUUCUUCCACUGCAUCGUCAUUAGAGCAACGACCUCUUUACGAGAAUAUUCACUCGCAAGUGAACAGUCGAUUCAAGGCCAUCAAAGACAGCCUGCAAGAUUCAAGCAGCCGUUUGCUGAGUAUGCCUUCAUUGCAUCUGCAAGAUAUUCGCUCCGAUUGGAGUUCUCGACCGUUCUUCGCCGAGCCUGGAGCUCCUCCCCAGGGGGCUCAGACUGGCCCCAAAGGCAUGCAUGGGGCAUCUAUUCCUCAUGCUGCAACCGCGCCUCCGCCGCCGAAGAAUUAUCCUCAAUCCACCCAUCCGAUUCUGGAAGACGCAAUGUCCGAGUUGACCGGCGACGUCGUGAUUCUGGGAGGUUACCGAGGCUCGAUAUUGCGAUCUGCCAAGCCUCCGCACCGUCAACUCUGGGUUCCUAUGAAGGUGGGACUGAAUCUGCGUAAAGUCGAUUUGGAGGUCGGAUUGACGCGAGAGGACGAGGAGCGCAUGGAGGAGUCGAUCAUUCCGUCUGGUGUGCUAUCCCACGUUGGCCCCGUCGACGUCUGCCGACGCCUCAUGAAGCGGCUGCGUCAAAGUAAGAACGCCACGCGCGGUGAUCUUCGCGUCUGGGAUUAUGGCUAUGACUGGCGACUGAGUCCUGAACUGCUCUCCGCCAGACUGAUUGCCUUCCUCGAGCGACUACCCUGCAAUCGGCCGUCAAUGGACGGGUCUCUCAAGAGCAACCGCGGUGCCACGGUCAUUGCCCAUAGUCUGGGUGGGCUCAUCACCCGCCACGCAGUGAACCAGCGACCCGAUCUCUUCGCCGGUGUCGUUUAUGCCGGUGUACCUCAACACUGCGUCAAUAUCCUUGGUCCGCUCCGCAACGGCGACGACGUCCUUCUCAGCUCGCGAGUCUUGACCGCCCAAGUGAACUUCACAUUCCGGACGAGUUUCGCUCUCCUCCCGGAAGACGGGCACUGCUUCAUUGACAAGCAAUCAAAGGAAGAAUUCCGGGUCGACUUCUUCGAUGCGAAUAACUGGGAAGAAUACCGUCUAUCCCCUUGCAUGGGUCCAGCUCUACCCCCACCAAACACCGGCAGAGGCUUCAAGGAUCUCGCAAAUAUCGGCAAGCGAUUCUCCAUCGGCCCUGGGCAGCGUGACUUGCAGGACCUCAGCCUUCAUGAAUCGGAUAUGUCGGGGACGAAUGACCCCAACACAACAGAAUCAAGCACAGAAGAAGUUCUCCGCAAUACUCGUCCUCUCAGUGUCCCCACUGCCGCCGCAAUCGCCACCUCAAACAAGGCAAGUGAGGGCUUACCCCUUGACGGACUGAUGGGACCGGUGGUGCAGCCGCGCGGCGGUGGUAUUGCAAACAAGAUCUCUACCACGUGCACUAUUCCCAAAGCCGCUGCUACAAAAUACCUCCAACGCACCCUACCCGAGGUGAAAAAGUUCAAAUCAGAACUCAACUUUCAACCAUCCCACCAGGCUGAGAACCGCUACCCACCCGUUGCAGUCCUCUACGGCAAGAGCGUACCAACCGUCUACGGUGCCCGCGUCACUUCCCGAGAGGCCAUCAAGCAACAAGACGCAUAUGACGAUCUGGCAUUUGCAGCCGGCGACGGCGUCUGCCUUGCAUCUGCCGCGAUGUUGCCGCCAGGCUACAGGAUCAUCAAGGAUGGUCUUGUGAAGAGUGACCGCGGUCAUGUUGGGUUGCUCGGUGAUCUGGAGGGUGUGGGACAGUGUCUCAAGGCUAUUGCUCGGGGUAGAAAAGAGGGUGUCGGUAUGGGGAAUUCUCUCUCAAAUUGA